AUGGCACCGAACAAAAUUAUUAUAGACACCGAUCCUGGUGUGGACGAUGUUAUUGCCAUGCUUCUCGCCUUCUCGGCGAAGCGUGAAGAGUUGGAUAUUCUCAUGCUGAGCCUGACAUUUGGGAAUGUCGACGUUCAGAGUUGUCUAAGAAACGUUGUUACGUUGUUCCAUCACAUCGGAAAAGAAAGAGCAUGGAGGGAGAGUCAAGGCAGACCGAAGGGUUUCGAGACGCUGGACGAGCGGACACCUAUCGUUGCUGUAGGUGCUACUGAGCCUCUGGCAGAACACAUGAUGGUUGCGGAUUUUUUCCAUGGAGUCGAUGGUCUUGGUGGAAUUCACAACAGCCACCCCCACCUUACUCCUGCUGAGACGUGGAAGUCUCUCUUCAAGCCUGCGCCGGAAAACUUGUCUCCUGAGGAUGCGGCUGAGUUGCAAGCUGUCAAAGAUCAGCACUCGCUUUUUGAGCCAUCUCUGAAACCAGCCCACGAGGUAAUGCUCGAGCUGCUGAGGGACAACGAGCCCGACACGAUCACCAUUGUAGCUGUUGGCCCAUUGACAAACCUUGCUCUUGCCGCGGCUAAAGAUCCCGAGGCUUUCUUGAGAGUGAAGGAGGUCGUUGUUAUGGGCGGUGCAAUUGACGCACCUGGAAACAUGACUCCCGGGGCCGAAUUCAACACAUACGCGGAUAGCGUAGCUAGUGCUCGUGUCUUUGCACUGACCAACCCCAAUCCACGAACAACCAUGCCUCCUACACUGAGUGGCAAAGGCAAGCUACCGCCGUACCCCGAGAAGUUGUCACGGCAACUAAAGUUGAAGUUGUUCCCCCUUGGUACGCAUCAAUGUCUUUCCGCAGCAUGUACAACAAGAUCUAACGCCACUCAGACACGACGGAAAAGCACAUGUUACCCCAAUCGCUGUAUAUUGAACACACUGCCGCGGAGGCCCUCAUCAACUCUCCGCUUGCAGACUGGUCAACUCUGUUCCUUCUGACAACGUUCAAAAAACUGCUAUCCUUGAACCCCAAUCAAGAUGCCUCGAAACUCGGCCUGCAGCUGCAUGACCCGCUGUGCGUGUGGUACGCACUCUCAUCCUCGCACCCCGGCUGGCAGUUCAAGACGGAGGAUGUUAGGGUGGAGACAGCGGGGCAGUGGACGAGGGGAUGCUGCAUCGUUGAUCGCAGAGGCAGGCCCGUGACUGAGAGGGAGGGUGAACUGGACGAUGAGGUUGUAGGGGAUGCAGGGUGGUGGGGUGAUAGCAGGAGAGGGAACAGGGUCAGUUGGUGCACGAAGAGCCCUGGGACGGAGUUGUUUGCCCACGACUUGUUGGAGAGGGUGUUUGGAAAGGUUGAGCAGUGA